AUGACCGAAGUAACAGACACUGAAGAGGACGAAAUUACUACAAACAUCAAGGAAGAAGUAAGCAAAGUCAAAUCUCACAAUGACAUACUGGAACGAUGUUUGGAAAAAGCCGUCAUGAAUCAACCGGUGCAACAACCAGAACCGGAAGCGCCAUUAGUAGUAAUACACACUGAGCCCAGUGAAGUCGCCGAUCAUGUGACUUCUGACCAGCAUGUUCAAUAUAUUUUACUGCCCCAACAGGAAACAAAUAUGACACCAAGCAGCGUGACAAUGAGAGAAAAAAGGGGUGGCGCAAUGAGCAAAAUGCAAAAGCUUAGAAAACGCCUCUCCCUUAGCUUCGGUAGAUUAUCAACAAAAGACGAGCCUGACGGAGACAGUAGCGAGUGUCGUGGCCGGCAGCAGAACGGUGGCGGCCGAGGGAAGUUGCCUUACAACGGGUACUCCGAGGAGUGCCUCGACCGGCUCGAGCCCAACGGGAACAUACCACACGAUAAAGAGCCCCAUUAUGAAUGGAGCGGUGGCGGCGGCAACGGCGAGUAUCGUGUAAGAAGACAACUGUCUGUAUCAUCGGACUCGAAGCUCCUUGACGAAGGUGCUCGGGAGGAGGCGAGGGUCGUCAUGAGGCCGAAACGACCUCCUCGGCCCAAGUCUGAGGCCUUUUUAGGUCCUCAUGACCACUCCAACCGACGUACCAAGCGGUUUAGUGCCUUUGGGGGUGAUUCUCCUUUCGGGAAAUCCGAAGCUUACAUAAAACUCGAGCAGCUUGGUGAGGGUUCCUACGCCACAGUUUAUAAAGGAUAUAGCAAUUUAACGCAGCAAGUCGUCGCGUUGAAAGAGAUCAGACUGCAGGAAGAAGAGGGGGCUCCAUUCACUGCUAUUCGGGAGGCUUCCUUACUGAAGGAGUUGAAACACGCGAAUAUUGUCACCCUUCAUGAUAUUGUGCACACCAGAGAGACGCUAACCUUCGUGUUUGAAUUUGUGGACACGGAUUUAUCGCAAUACAUGGAGAGGCACCCCGGAGGGCUGAAUCACCAUAAUGUAAGACUCUACAUGUUCCAGUUGCUACGAGGCCUCUCCUACUGUCACAGGAGAAGAGUUUUACACAGGGAUGUGAAGCCCCAAAACCUACUAAUAAGUUCUCACGGCGAGUUGAAACUUGCAGACUUCGGUCUGGCGCGAGCCAAGUCCGUGCCCAGUCACACAUAUUCUCACGAAGUCGUCACACUAUGGUACAGGCCUCCCGAUGUGCUACUGGGCAGCACGGAGUACUCCACAUCGUUGGACAUGUGGGGCGUUGGCUGCAUAUUCGUGGAGAUGUUAUGUGGAGUGCCCACCUUCCCCGGAGUCAGGGACACACAUGACCAACUAGAUAAAAUAUUUAAGGUGGUAGGAACACCAACCGAAGAGAGCUGGUCAGGUGUGAGCCGCUUACCCGGGCUUCGCGCUCACGUAUCGCGGUGGGGCACCUCCCCUGCGCGUGCACUGGGUGCCGCAUUCCCGCGCCUGCGCGACGCCGGGCGGGACGCGGAGCGCCUGGCCGCCGCCCUGCUGCAGCCUGACCCCUCACGACGCCUGCCCGCGUUACGAGCACUGCAUAACGCUUACUUUGCUUCACUCCCACCGCGGCUCAGGGACUUGCCUGACGAGGUAUCAAUAUUCACAGUGGAAGGCGUAUGCCUGCACCCCGAGACCCGGCACGCGACCAUCAAGUGAGACUCGGCCGCCGACCCCCUUAGUCGAAUCAAUUACGCUUUUUUCGUUCUGCCCGGCGCGUACGCCGCGAUUCCUAUACUUCACCAGGAGGCGUCCAAUACUGACUCGCUCCGUCGGACCAACAUUUCGUGAUAAUUGUAACGUCUAAAUAAAAAAAUCGCUCGAUCGGGCAUCGAAUGUCGGCGACAGUAUUCAGUUGAUUUCAAAACCCCCAUCAUUGUUUGUUCGUCCGAUUGCUUUGUCCUUUCUAUUAUUGUAUUAGUGCUUGUUAAGCUUCCAACGGAAUAUCCAUCCAUAUAAUUCAAUUAUUCUAUGGUGACAAGGUAAACUGAUAGGUAACGAGUGUAUGAAUUAUAACUAUAAAUAUAUAAACAGAGCAGUGUGCCAUGUAUAUCUAUAAUUGAGAAGAGUAUGACGUAUUAUUUUAAAAGAUUUUUAUGCUGGAAAUAUAUGCUCAUAAUUUGGUAAAAAUUUUGAAGAUGUUUAUUUAUAUUUAUUAAGGGAUAAUUGUCGAUGAAGUUUACUCUAAUGCAGUCUUAUGAAACUAUACGGUUUUAUCAUCGAGCUCGUGCCAUGAGCUGACGAUUAAUUGGUUAUAUGAUAUCGGUUGCUAUUCAUCUAUCGGGUUCUCGCGUCGUGGCUCAUGGUAGGGGCUCCUCCAUUGAAUGUUGGCGUUCAUCUAAAUCUUAUGCACACAUUCCUUCCACGGUGCUCAAAUAGUAAAGUUAGUGUGGCGAGGAGUGGAGUGAUACCUCCAGUGAUACCAUGUGAAUUGAACGGAGAUAAACUAUUACCAAAAUUAUUUAAUGUUCGCAGAUCUCAAAUAUAAACAAUUGUGGGACCGUCCUACUGUAAAUUGUAACGUUAUAGGGAAUUCGACGAUUUAUAAAUAAUAUACUAAUCAAUGUUCCGAGCGAGCAGCGUAGCGUAGAUGGAAGCUAGGUUCCGUCUAGACUAAAGACUAGUGAAAUUAACAAGUUUAGUGAAUUGUUAGUGGUCCCCACUACGGAAGGGUAGGAGCGCAGUGUAAGUUACAUAGGGCCGGCGCAUUGGCAACUUGACGGUGAACUAUAGACGAAUUAAUGCGAUGUCUUGCUAGUAACCGAGUAACACACACAUACAUGUUAUCUGUGAUUUCUUAAUAGAUCGUAGCCUACAGGAACAUCGGCGGAAAUUGUGCCAACAAUAAAUAACGCUUCAUAGUAAAUCCGGGUUUAUAAAUAAAUAAUCAAGACAUAAGUAUCGCUUAAAUCAUUUUGUAUGUAGUCUUAAACUAAUGCUAGUCUAGAAGCGAAUUAAAUCGAUUUGUGUAAAUAAAAUAGUCUGGUAACUUAAUAGCAAUAAAAAUCAAUUAUAACGUUACCUACGCUAAGACUAAGCGUAAGCCUUAUUACAAUUGAAUCGCACUGAACGCACUGCCAAAAUACGCGACAAAAUCGAUAAUAACUUAUUAAGUAUAUAUAUACUUAUGUAGGAUCGAGUUGUCAGUGUGCGCGGGUAACACUAGUGAGCGUAGAUCAAGUUAGUAUAGUCCUUACCUUACCGAGCUUUAGAGACGUUUACAUCGAGUGCCGGGGGCGUGCACUUAGCUGAAUUAAACAAAAUUUUACGAGAUUGAGCACAAAAUUGUUACGUCACAAACUCAAGGGCCGCCCCCGGCACUACAGAGUAGUUAAUUCAUAAUACGGUUCCGAACACCAAUAUAGUACGUAAAUUGUAUAGUAUGUGAAACGCAAUAUUUUCAGUGUAUAUGGUUUGUUGAGUUUUAUUGUAUGUAAUAUAGAAUGGGUCGCGGCCUGCAGCCGGGACGCGAGUGGUGGCCACUUCCAGCCAACUUAAAAGCGGCGCUAGUGUAAUAUACCUUCGUUGUUCGAUUGUUGAAUUGUUGACGUGUUUGUAAGGCGACGCAACACGCCGCGAGUUGCCUUAGACAUUGUUAUUUGUCGAGUGCGUAGAUACCGUCGAUUAACUUAAUCCAUUAAUGUAAUCAAAUAUUAUAAGGAUAGAAUAUAAUAAUACCGAGUCGGAAUACGCCGCUGCAUGUAGUUAUGAUAUUGGCUCGCGAUAGUGUUGGCCGCACUCGCGGUCCUGGUAGGGGACGCCGAGUAAGUAAUUCACCCGUUGAGUGAGGCACGGGCGCCCCGCGCCUACAUAUGUACGAUACGAGAUUACGUCGAGCAUUUAUAUUGAGAAUAGUGGAAAUUCUAUUGUAUACAUAAUAAUUUGCAUUUGUACGAUGUACUGAUCGAGGCCGCAAGGCUCACGUUCGUUGCGAAGGAACGAAUUGUAUAUAGGUAAUAUUAAUUAAUCAAUUAGUUGUUAUGGUUUCUUAGUUAUGACAGUCCUAUACGAGUUGCCAUGGCCGUUUGUCCGAGUCCCGUAGUGCACGGACGUUAUGAGAUUUAUUUUAAUUUUUAAACUAUCCUAGGUUAUUUUCAAUUAACUGUUUAUUUUACGUAUCACGAAAUUGUCCCGCUACUGAAUUUAGUUAUUGUUCUUUUUUAAUAUUUUUUGUAAUGUAUAAACAAUGUGCUUUUACUCGUUUAAAAGAAUGUAAAUACGAUAUUUGAACUGAUAAUAAUAAAAGUUUUUAUUUCUUAAUGAAA